AUGGAUAUGGAAGUACAACCGAGCUCUAUUGAGAGGCCUUAUUACAAACACUUUGCACUUCUCAAGGCCCACAAGGCUGGUAAGCUGCUGCUCGUCUCGUUCGAGCUCACUGUUAUGCUGUUGGUACUCAACAUGGUGGACACAAUGGCUGUAGUUGCAUUAUAUGACGAAGUCUAUAAAGGUAUUAGAGGUCUCGUUGAGGAAGUAACGGACGAUCUGGACUCAUUUCGAUUCGUUCAAACACUUUUGAGGAUAGUUAUGGUAUGCUUUGCCACAGUCCCUUGCGGUAGUAUAGAGAGCUUCUUCAGUAAUGCGAUGCUCGAUAGACAGACGUAG